AGAGGAGCACACACACACCCACACACAUUGAGCGGCCCACAAGUCUGAGUUUUCACUUGCUCUCAUCUGUCUGGUUGACACACACUCGAAAUUCACAUUUUCCUCGCUGUACAAAGGAGAACCGACGCAUUAAAACAACCCCGCAACCAUGGGAGUGGAAGGCUGCACGAAAUGCAUCAAAUACAUGCUGUUCUUCUUCAACUUUAUUUUCUGGCUGGCUGGAUGUGUAAUCCUGGGCGUCUCUCUGUGGCUCCGUCAUGACGAAAAAACCAGCAGCCUGUUGGCCCUGAAGUUUGACGGCACAGAGGCACCCAGCACGUUCUACAUCAGUGUCUACAUCCUGAUUGCUGUUGGCGCUGUGAUGAUGUUUGUUGGGUUCCUCGGUUGCUAUGGCGCCAUCCAGGAAUCUCAGUGCCUGCUGGGAACUUUCUUUGCCUGCCUGGUCAUCUUGUUUGCCUGUGAGGUUGCUGCUGGUAUCUGGGGAUAUAUUCACAAGGACCAGAUUUCUAAAGAUGUGAUCGGCUUCUAUGACACUGUGUAUGACCGAGGCUUACAGGAAACACUCACAGAGAAGAAAGAGGCUGCGGCUGCUGUACUGAAGGUCUUCCACGAGUCUCUGCAAUGCUGUGGCAAGGGUCAAGUCACCUCAGUUCUAACUAGCUGGGCGACCAAUCUGUGUUCUAAUACAGGCGUUCUGAAGGUCAAUCCGGACUGUCACACCAAAAUCAAAGAGCUCUUCAAUGACAAGAUCUACCUGAUUGGCAUCGCUGCCUUGGUUGUUGCUGUCAUCAUGAUCUUUGAGAUGAUCUUCAGCAUGGUGCUCUGCUGUGGAAUCCGAAACAGCCCUGUAUACUGAAAUACGAUUGGGCGAACCAGGCUGUGGGUGUGUGACAUCUGGAGAUACCAGCCAAUGAAAUUGAAGGAAAACUUAUUCUCCUGAUUCAUUUUUGUAUCUACCCUAAUUACCUAAUGUAGUCAAUUUGUCUUAAGGAACAAAUGAUUUUAUUCUCUGGUGUGUUAAUAUGAUACUCUGUCACUGUCUGCUGUUGUGCUGCAUGUGCAUUCUUGUGGCAACACUGACCAUGUAAACAAUGGCAGACUAGAACAGAAUUAUUAGAUGCUGUACACACACACACACACACACACACACACACAAUUAAAAAAAACCGAAUUGGAUAUGUAAAACACAUUGGCCAUUUACGUUCUGUUUUCUGUAUUAGUGUUAACAGUGAGGAUAAUUACUAUUGCUAUUGGUUUCUUUUAUUCUUUUAUUAUGUACGUAAGACUUAAUUCAUUUCUUAUGUAUGUACAAAAAAAACUGUAUAUAUUUGCAGCCUAUUGGCUUUCCAGCAUGGAUAUUGUAAUUGAACAGCCCUAUGGACCUUCUUUUCUGAAUGUGCUUGUACAUUUUCUCGUAAAGUCAACCACUAAGAAACAGUAUUGGUGAAAAGAAAGAAGGUCAGACCUUAAAACAUGCAUAUUGAAGAUGCAUUCUUGUACUUUGGUGUAGCCUAAGUAUGUGAUGCCAUGUAGCCUUGGCUUCUUUGUACCAAACAUUGUGGGCCAGCCAGCUGAUAGAAACGUAGCCAUUGCAAGCAUGACGAUGCUCUAAAAUCCUAACAAGUUUUUAGAAAUAAAAUGUCCUCUAAUGCUUAUGCUGUGAUUAAUGAUUGCCCGCAUGUUGUCCACUGAGGGAGGUUGGAAACCAGCAGAAUCAUUCACAUAGCUACUGCUGGAGUUCCUCUGACCUCUGACCCUAGGCCACCCUUACGCUCCGACUAACCCAAGCCAAAGCUCUUAUAUACACCUCCCAGCCUUAUUGACUGAAUGCCCUAUCCUUCAAAAAAAAAAAAAAAAUGAGACCGCAUUAUCUAGUAUGUCCUCUUGAUUCCUAGUGGAAUUUCUUACUCGUAUAUUGUACUCUAUAUUCUGUAAUCCAUUUUAUGGAAUGCUGUGCUUUUGAAAAAAAAAAAAAGAAAGAAAUUAAAAGAUGAUAGUAUUGUUUUGUUCCGCCAUGCUGGGAUCUUCUGACAUGCUGGGAGUUGCUUAACAAUGUCAUAGCAUAAAAAAAGUCUACUGAGUGUACUGUAAGGCUGUGGUGUGUGAGUGUGUUUUAUGUGUUGAUAGUAAAGCCUGUGGGGGAAAAUCUAGUUUUUAGGAGUCAGCCUCACUACCGCUGCCAUUAACAGCAGUUACUGUACUUCCUCUUCUCUCCACAAGGUGUCGCCCAAAUAACAUUAUUCUAAGACGCUUCCAAUGACACUUUGGUUGAUUCCUCUAAUAUUACUUGUGGAAAUACACCUGCAUCGUAUUCACUACAUAAAUAUAAUGCACUCCUUCAAUCAUCUACAUUUCUUUUAACCCAACACAUACAUGCACACACCCUUUACAUCGUUUCCUGCAUACAAGCUAUAAUUGACACUUAAUGCCUAUGCUGAUAUGCUGAUCAAAUGUCUUGUAAUAUGUACAGCUCUAUAUUAUUGUACUAAUGACUAUGUAAAGGCAUUGUGAUAUCUUUUUUCUGGUACUUUGUCAAAUAAAGGACAGAGAUUACUGUGAAAGCCAGCCAGGCCUUUGGGAUACUUGCAGGCCAACAGAAGGAGUAAGACAUCAUUUGCAUAAUAACGGUUAGAAAUUACAUGAAGAGAAAUGAUGGAAUUCGUAAUUAUGAGCUUGCGUUGGAAUGAUUUCGCUUUUCCAUUCAGCAGGACCCACUGGCAACUCUCAGUCCAAUCUCUGUCCUGGUUCACCUGAUUAAUAUUUUUUGGUUCUUUUUUGUUG